CAACGCACCACUCGAGCCACUACUAUCGCGAUAUUGUUUACGAAAAGUGUAGUUUUUUGUUUAUAAAAAUGAACGAACCGAUUUACACCGUACGCACCGAUAUGAGGAAUCGUAUGAAAUAGUGAAAAAAGUUUUUAUUUAAAUUGUUUUCGACCAGUUCUCCGAAGUUUAUACUUGAAUUGGUAAAAUAAAUAAGAAAAAUGGCACAAGAAAAUAGUAACUCCACAUUGGAGAUGGGGACCAGUGAUCAGGUACUGGUUGCUACGAAGAAGAAGAAAACAAUAACGUAUAUAAUUGGCUUCAUCGCAAUGGUGGCUGUGAUAGCGGUUGUGAUAACUCUAGUUGUUGUCCUCUCCGGAAAUGAGGCGGGUCCAUCUGAACCUAUCGUAUCAACAACUGAAGGUCCAACAUCACCAUUAGAUCCAUCCACAACGACGACGACAACGACAACAGCAACAUCGCCUGUGGAUCCAACAACAACAACGUUAGACCCAUCUACAACAACAACCACGACGACAACAACCGAAGGACCAAUAACUGCACCUCCAGAUACCUUACCAAUAGAUCUAGAGGAUAUAAUUAACGGAGUAUUUGCAGCGCCAUCUUUCAAUGGUACUUGGACAACAGCUAACGACGUGCUAUUCCGAAACGUUAACGGAGACCUGGUUUUGUACCAUGUGGAUGCAGACAACACGACCGUUCUUAUUUCCAAUUCGUCACAGAUUCUUCAGCAAUCAUCGCGAGUAACCGCGCUGUCGCCCGAUAGUUCGCAUGUGGUGCUGUCUUACAACGUUGUUCCUGUGUAUAGAUAUAGUUUCCUGGGACGCUAUGCUGCCGUCAAUAUCUCUUCUGGCCAGGCUAUUGACAUAGUGCCACCAGGCGUACGGCCGGAAGAUGCUUUCCUACAGAACUUCGUGUGGGGCCCUUCAGGAACAUCUCUAGCGUUCGUUUACCGCAAUAAUAUCUAUUACCAAGCCUCAUUGGACAGUCUACCACAACAGGUCACGAAUAAUGGGGAAGUCAAUGUUAUUUAUAACGGAAUACCUGAUUGGGUUUAUGAAGAGGAGGUGUUCGUGUCUAACAAUGCGCUGUGGUUCGCUCGCGACGGUAGCAAGCUGGCGUAUGCGACUUUUGACGACACCAACGUGCGCGUCAUGAAGGUGCCGCACUUCGGAGUUCCCGGCUCCGUUGACUAUCAGUACACGCAGCACCACGAGAUCAGAUAUCCUAAGCCGGGCACCACCAACCCAACCGUGAAAGUGACGCUACGUGACAUUACAUCAGGCACGGAGACAGUGUACAAUCCACCCACUGACUUGAACGAGCCUAUUUUGAAGACCGUUAACUUCGUUGACAACACCAAGAUUGCUUUAAUGUGGACAAACCGUGCUCAGACUUCACUGCAAGUUGAACUUUGCAUGCAAAACGAGACUUCUUGCUCUCGGAUCUACCAAUAUGCAGAACCUAAUGGCUGGAUUGAUAAUAUUCCCAUAUUCUUUAACGAAGCUGGCAACUCGUUUAUAACGAUCCUUCCUCAGUCUAUUAACGGUACUCUAUACAAGCAAAUAGUGCAAGUAUCAGAUGUAAACGCCAACCAGUGGACGGGUGCCGGUCGCACAAACACACCGCACACUGUUAUCGAGAUUCUAUUGUGGACCAAUGAUGAUGUUGUUUGGUACAAAGCUACCCACGUGAACGACUCAGCGGAGCAACACAUCUACAAAGUGAAUGCCGCUCGUGAGGUGACGUGCUUCACGUGCAGUAUAGCGCGCGCGGACGGCGGACAGUGUCUCUACAACGACGCCUUCAUCAGCGCGGACACGUCGCGAGUGGCCAUCAACUGCGCCGGACCGAGCCUGCCCCAGAUAUUUAUUUAUGACGUGAAUGGUACAUUGCUCAAAACGUGGGAUGACAACGCGGAGACAUCUGCUCUACUGACGGACCGUCAGUUGCCGGUCACGCUGAGAAUGAGUGUGCCCGUCGCGGCGGGCUUCCCCGAGGCCGACGUGCAAAUACAAGCGCCGACCGACUACCUGUCGCGCACCAAUGUACCUUUAUUAAUUUACGUGUACGGUGGCCCCGACACUGCUCUAGUGACGAAGCAAUGGACGCUGGACUGGGGCACAUCCCUUGUCAACCGGUGGGGCAUUGCGGUGGCGCACAUCGACGGCCGCGGCUCUGGCCUGCGCGGCAUCGACAACAUGUUUGCUAUCAACCGACGACUUGGCACCGACGAGAUUGAUGAUCAGGUUACCGUUACAAGGACACUCCAGCAGCAGCUGCCGUGGCUGGACAGCAAUCGCACCUGUAUCUGGGGCUGGUCGUACGGCGGCUACGCGGCCUCGCUAGCGUUGGCGCGCGGCGCUGAUGUCUUCCGCUGUGCCGCCGCCGUUGCGCCCGUGGUCGACUGGAGAUUCUAUGAUACAAUUUAUACCGAAAGGUACAUGGACACGCCACAGAAUAAUCCUCAAGCUUACCUUAAUUCAUCACUUCUCACCCCAGAAGUGGUGUCAGCAUACCGCAGCAAGCGCUAUUUCCUAAUCCACGGUACAGCGGACGACAACGUGCACUACCAGCACGCCAUGCUCAUCUCCCGUCUGCUGCAACGCGAGGACGUCUACUUCACGCAAAUGAGCUAUACCGACGAAGAUCACGGAUUGGUCGGUGUCAGACCACAUCUUUACCACGCUUUGGAGAAGUUCUUACAAGAAAACAUGCUGUAAUUUGUAAAACAGCAGAAUUAUAACGAUCAAAUCAGUGCUAAUAUUAAUUUAAAAAAUCUUAAAUUCAAUACGUAAUUAAAAUAAUUGACAAUACGUGUAAUUCGCUACUAAAAACGAGUCAUUUUAUCUUAGACGACAUAACGACAACGACAUGAGACACAUGAUGUGUUGUGGUACAAAUUACUUACCGACAAUUUAUAGUUUAAGAGACUAUGUUACCUGUGAAACAUAAUAUGUUAUUUUUAAGAGUUGAGUGGAUGCCGUAUUUCAUGUAGUAUAUUAAAUUAUAAUAUUUCCGUUAUAAGAUAUAUAUUAUUAAUGACCGUUUUCACUAGCCGUGGUCAUCACAUAAAUACCUCAGUAUUAUGAACUUGAUUCUUGUAAAAAAAUCAGUGAAAACGGGGUUUACAAUAUUACUUAAUUGUUGCCAAAUCAGUACUUUACAGGGUUGAUUAUUCCUUUAAAUAUUUAUGUUCAUCGCGUCUUAUGCAAUAAAGACAAUUCUACAAGACGUUUGUAAGAUAUAAGCCAAGAGUUUAAUGUAAAUAUUUUUCUAG